AUGUCCCGGGCACAGACUCCAAAGGGCGCUUUCGACGCUGCCGCCGCCGCCUCAGUCCUCUCUCGAGCCUUCCAGUCUGAGCUCGACGCUGCAAACCGCGCGGGACCUGCUGGAUCGAAGCCCGAAAUCUGGAAGUCGAAGCAGCCGGCACCUGCAGGAGGUGCUUGGGGCCAGGGAGCGCCCAGUCAGCCCAAAGCUGGAGCGAUGGCCGACGGUCGCGAGUUUCUCUCCGUCCUCACAUCCGCCAAGUCGAGUUCUUCCGCCGCCAAAUAG